ACGGUGCAGAAGAAGACCGGGAGGAGCCAGGACGGAGAGCCAUUGCCCGAGAGACACACAGGAUGCUCGCCAGAACAGUCAGAAUCAACAGCGUUGCCGCCAGGCGGUUUGUGGCCACCGCAAGCAAGAGCUCGACGGCCACCAAGACCCAGGAGAAGGAGGCCGGCGCAGCCACGGGCUCGUCGACCGCGUUGACCGGGGAGGACCCGCUCGACGUGAUUCCUAGCAGCAACUACCCGCAGGCUCCGAACCGGGCAGAGACGUGGUCGCAGUCGCAGAAGUCGAGAGACGAGAUCUACAAGACGGACCCCCGGUUCGUCGGCAAGGACUUGAGCAAACAGCCUCAGUCGCUCGCGGCCAUCGAGUUGAUCAAGCAGCAGCCGGUCAGCUUCAUCCACGGCAACAUCGCCGUCUGCCACGGCACCGACUUUGUGCAGGGCCACCCAAAGGUCUACAUCAACCUGGACAAGGACAAGGCGCACUCCUGCGGCUACUGCGGUGCCAGGUACGCCAGAGAAGAGCUCAAGAAUAAGUUGUAAGUAAGACCCUGUCGUCUGCUCCCGGCCACGCAGCCCGCUCUAUAAAUUAUCUAUAAACUCUACAUACAUCGGCUCUUAUUUAUUUAUUUAUUCGUUCAUCCACACAAUCAUUCAUUCAUCCAUCCAUCCAUCCAUCCAUCCAUCCAUCCAUCCAUCCAUCCAUCCAUCCAUCCAUCC